GUUCAGUGGCACAUACGGAAAUGGAAAAUCAUUCCCUUUGAAGGAAAAGCUGAAGUGGAGCACUAAGGCUUCAACCACAGAAGUACAAAUUGGGCCCAUGAGACUGACACAAGAUCCAAUUCAGGUUUUGCUGAUCUUUGCAAAAGAAGACAACCAAAGCGAUGGUUUCUGGUGGGCUUGUGACAGAGCUGGAUACAGGUGCAGUGUUGCCCGGACUCCAGAGUCAGCACUUGAAUGUUUUCUUGAUAAGCACCAGGAAAUAAUUGUUAUAGAUCACAGGAACUCCAGAUAUUUUGAUGCAGAAGAUAUCUGCAGGUCUAUUCGUGCCAUAAAACCAUCAGAGCACACUGUAAUACUUGCUGUGGUUCCACGCAUAUCUGCUGACCAAGAAGAGACUUCUGUUCUUCCCCUUCUUAAUGCAGGCUUUGAUAGGCAAUUCAUGGAGAAUAGCAGCAUAACUGCUUGUUACAAUGAACUGGUUCAAAUAGAACAUGGGGAAGUGCGAUCUCAGUUCAAAUUACGGGCUUGUGAUGCAGUGUUUACAGCAUUAGACUGUUGUCAGGAAGCUAUAGAAAUAACCAGUGAAGAUCAUGUCAUUCAGUAUGUUAAUCCAGCCUUUGAACGGAUGAUGGGAUAUCAAAAGGGAGAGCUUAUUGGCAAAGAACUUACUGAACUACCAAAAAGUGAUAAAAAUUGUGCAGAUCUUCUAGACACUAUCAACACAUUUAUUAAAAAAGGAAAGGAAUGGCAAGGAGUUUCCUAUGCAAGAAGAAAAUCAGGAGACAGUAUCCAGCAACAUGUGAAGAUUACACCUGUAACUGGUCAAGGAGGGAAAAUAAGACACUUUGUGUCCAUCAAAAGGCUGCAUUGUACCAAUGAAAACAACAAACAGCUUGACAAGAAUCAUUGUGAUGAGAAGUACACAGAAGACAAUUCUCAGUCAGAACCCCAUUCUUUAAAAUGCAAGAACAGAAGGAAAGACUCAACUGAUGUUAAGUCAAUAACAUCUCAAAGUAGUGAUGCUCCAAGUUUACAGACUCGACGGUACUCUUCUAUGGCAAGGAUCCACUCAAUGACUAUAGAAGCUCCUAUCACAAAGGUUAUUAACAUAAUUAAUGCUGCCCAGGAAAACAGCCCCAUCACAGUAGCAGAGGCCUUGGACAGAGUUCUGGAAAUCCUGCGGACAACAGAACUUUACUCCCCUCAGCUAGGAACCAAAGAUGAAGAUCCUCAUACAAGCGAUCUUGUUGGAGGUCUGAUGACUGAUGGCUUGAGAAGAUUGUCAGGAAACGAGUAUGUGUUUUCUAAGAAUAUGAACCUGAGCCAUAGUCACCUUUCAGUGCCAAACACCAUCAAUGAUGUUCCACCCUGUAUUGCACAGCUCCUGGAAAAUGAGGAAAGCUGGGACUUCAAUAUUUUUGAGUUGGAGGCUGUUACAAAUAAAAGGCCAUUAGUAUAUUUGGGCUUAAAAAUUUUUGCCCGGUUUGCUGUCUCUGAAUUUUUAAACUGUUCAGAAGCAACACUGCGAGCGUGGCUGCAGGUGAUUGAAGCCAACUACCACUCCUCCAACUCGUACCACAACUCCACGCAUGCAGCAGAUGUCUUGCAUGCUACUGCCUUCUUUCUUGGGAAGGAGAGAGUUAAGGGAAGUCUUGACCAUUUAGAUGAGGUGGCUGCAUUAAUAGCUGCCACUAUUCAUGAUGUAGACCACCCUGGACGGACCAACUCUUUCUUGUGCAAUGCAGGCAGCGAAUUAGCUGUCCUUUACAAUGAUACAGCUGUAUUAGAGAGCCAUCACACAGCACUGGCAUUUCAGCUUACAACUAAAGACAGCAAAUGCAACAUUUUCAAGAAUAUUGAUAGAAAUCACUACCGGACAUUGCGCCAGGCCAUUAUUGAUAUGGUUUUGGCAACAGAGAUGACAAAGCACUUUGAGCAUGUCAACAAAUUUGUGAACAGCAUCAACAAGCCAAUGGCAUCUGAGGAGACCAGCUCACAUAGUGAAGGCAGCAACUGUGAAUGUACAGCCAAUAUAACAAAUUUUCCAGAUAACCAGACACUGAUCAAGCGCAUGAUGAUUAAAUGUGCAGAUGUAGCAAACCCAUGUCGUCCUCUAGAGCUAUGUAUCGAAUGGGCAGGGAGGAUUUCAGAGGAAUAUUUUGCCCAGACUGAUGAAGAGAAGAGACAGGGUCUGCCUGUUGUAAUGCCAGUAUUUGAUAGAAACACCUGCAGCAUUCCCAAGUCUCAAAUUUCCUUCAUUGAUUAUUUUAUAACAGAUAUGUUCGAUGCAUGGGAUGCAUUUGCACAUCUGCCUGUUCUGAUGCAACACUUGGCUAAUAACUACAAACACUGGAAAACACUGGAUGAGUUAAAGUGCAAGAGUCUCAGACUCCCAUCAGAAAACAACUGACACCAACACAAGAAAAACAGACCUCUUGAUAUACCAGUUUCACUGUGAAUCACUGACUUGGCUACAAGAGAGAUGGUGUUUCCUUUCCAGUGAAAUUAAGACUGUGUGGCAAGAAGGAAAUAUUUUAUUCAUCACUUUCAAGCUGCUCUGAAUCCUACAGGAAAAAUGUUUUCAAAAAGGCUACAUAAUCCACAGAUGAAUAAGUGCUCUUUGGAAAUAACAUUUUGUGUCAGAAAAUGUACGUCUGAAAUUGAUUUCUAAUACUGAAUAUGCAUUUGUCAAAUCCUGUAAUUGAUACAACUGUAUUCACUAACACUUCACACAGCUGUUUCUCAGAGGGGUAAUCUAGUCACCAGUACAGUAAGAAUAGGCUGAAAAAUAAGCAUAAAAACUUCCCAAUUACCUAGUAUAAAUUUGCUCCAAUUCUACUGAUACUCUUCAGCUCUCUGAAUCAUAAUUCUAAAGAGAAACAUACACAGUAGAACAAGUAAAGCUCAAUAAAUUGAAUACAGUAAAAACCAAGCUCUCCACCAUUUAAAAUGACCUUCUUAUUACAGAAACUAUCUCUCAGAGCACCACCCACUCUCCCUUCUUUCUUUUCCACAUAAAAUCUUGGUAGGAGGUAAAGUCCCUUAAAAAUGGCCAUAUAAUAGAGGAAAAGAAGCAUGUUCUGUAUAACUGGUGCCAUCCACACAUUCCUCUGCCAUCUUAGAGAUGUUACCAUGGAAUGUUUCAGCAAAUUUUACACAAAAACCAUUUAGGCACUUGAUCAACAUACUUUUUUAUAAAGCGGUGUUUGUACAUAUGGUCAUCAAUUUAUUAAGCUGAUCUAAAUUUUAUGAUGUCUAUAUAUUGUGCUACUUCUACGAUGAACCUGUCACUUUUAAAAAAGUUUCCAGGUUCUAAUUUAUAGCAAAGAGUAUUAUAAUUAAUUUGUACUGCUUUUUCCCUCCUAAUAAAAUGCUAGUUUGUUUUGUGAUGUAAAAAGUACUUCAAAGGAUGUAAAUAAGUUAGAAAUCAAACACAGUUUUCAUUAGUUUUAAGAUACGAAAUUUAUGCUAAAGCUUCCAAAGCACAAAUGCAUAUUUUUGUACAUCUCAUUUUAAUCACAUGCAGAACAUGAACACGAGUUCAAAUUUUAGACUAUUCAGUUAAUAAAUACUAGCAGAACUGCUGAUUUUUAAUACUGCACUCCAGGCUGCAGGCAAGAGCGUUAAAGCUGUGGCUACAGUUGAAAUAGCAGUCCACUACUCAUUAAAAGGAAAGCUCUUGAACAUGGUCUUUACCUCCCCUAUGCUAUAUCAAGAAUUGAAUCUGAUGAAGGAAAAAAAAA